CAAAACGAAGCAAGACCCUAGCUGCCUCGUGAAGUUUUUGUUAGUAACGCCAUUUUUUUUUAGACUCUAUCGUUUCCAUAAGUUCGUAUGCAGGAGCGUGUAGGCAGAGGCCGCAGGCAAGGCUGAGGAGGUCCAGACACGACUCGCACUCACACGAUGACGUUUUUCGGACACGUCCCUAGCUUAGCUAUGCCCUUGUGCCGGUCAAACGACUCGAAUAAACACUUCAAACUGGAUUCAUCUUCGAACUUCAAUACUCCUUAGAGAUUCCGAAACUGGCUCCACUGCCUCGCAAGCCGCCGCCGCGUUCAGGCGUCUCAGCGAUUCUCGGUCGUUAUCUCUUCCCACGCACUAGACAGCGGGCCAGUACACGGCUCACUCACUUACGCCUCGAAUACCUGCCGUUCCUCAAGAACAAAGUGCAGGAGCGGAUAUACAGAUUUAUCGUCCAGCGGCAGCACAAGAGGCAGCUUCGCAGCUUUCCCACCACACCGGAGUUGUCGAAGAAGACAAGCGAAUUCCUCAGACGAUCCAGACUUUUUCGCGAUGCGGCAUCUCGCAAAUGGCCAGAAAUGACAAACUUUUCAGCCAGCGGUGGCGCAUGGAACAGUAUGACAAGUGAAGGACCCCCCCCAGGAAGUAAGAGAGCCAGGUUGAGGGGCUAUCUAAACGAAAUCAAGCAGACAGUUCAGCAGCAGUACGCAGGUGCUGCUUGGGGUCAGCGUGGUGGCGGGCUUGAUGAUUUCCAAGAUGGAAUUCCAAGAGCUUACUCGGAUGCUGCGGUUGUGACAGGUGGUGAGGAGCAGAUGAUACUUAUUCCCAGCUAUGCACGCCAGCACACCACAAAGUCAAAGGCUUUUAUCGCUACUACACAAGAGACAUCGGGUCAGGGAAGGGAUUAUAGAGACACAACUGGCGCUGGAGAGGUCGAAUUCAUGAAGCAACAAUGGGAAGAGUACGAGGAAGACAACGCCGUUGUUGAUGUCGAUGUGCGAGGCUGGGUGUUCUCUCCACAACGGGGCCAAAUGACAAGAAGGCAACGGGUUUUCGUAUCCUUGGCAAGACAACUGGCGGGACUACCUGCACCAUCUCAGUCCUCCCCCUCGAACAGCGUGAUAUCUAGUCGCGAUACGAGCCCGCAUAUGGCCUAUCGGCAGCGAGUAGAAGAGAGGAAGCAGAAGCAGGAUGACGACGAAGCAGCUCGACAGGCAGAAGAACUGGUCAAACGAGGCGAAAGCGAGGCGGAAAAGGCCGAUCGAGGCGAAUAUAGUGAGGCCCCAAACAACAAAUCGCGGAAUGGUCACGCUAGGACAGAAUACCCGGAGACGCCGAUGAGUCGAAAAUGGUCAGAGAAAGAUGGUCUUCGACGUCUGGCCGCAAACAACUCAGCGAAUGUCGAAGACGAGAAUUUCAAAAUCACUCCACUUCAGAAAAGAGCGACAUGGAACCAACCAGCCGACAUGACCCCCGAUCAACUUGCCGUAGCAAAUGCACAUCUGAUGGCUCGUCUCGCUCCCUUCAUGUCCAACCCACUGGUCGAUACACCAAUCAGCGCAUUCUUCUAUAAUGAUGAAAAUUCGAGACAACGGACUAUCUAUACUAAUGCAUAUGGACAUUUCGCGCUACGUGCUUCACUUGAUUUUGUUCCUACGCAUGUCCGGAUAUUGGCUUCAGAAAAACUCUCGGCCACUGAGGAAGUGACACUAACUCCUCCCAAAGGUAUAUCGCUCAUCAGUGAUAUUGAUGACACUGUUAAGCAUUCAGCUAUCAAUAGUGGCGCCAGAGAAAUUUUCCGUAACGCGUUUAUCCGGGACUUGGCUGAUCUCAAAAUUGAAGGGGUACAGGAAUGGUACAGCCGCUUGGAGAAGAUGGGUGUGAAGUUCCAUUAUGUAUCAAACUCGCCGUGGCAGCUGUAUCCAGUACUGCAGAAGUACUUUGAGUUGACUAGGUUACCCGCAGGCUCAUUUCACCUCAAGCAAUACAGUGGUAUGCUACAAGGGAUCUUUGAGCCAGUGGCGGAAAGGAAAAAGAGCACUCUUGACCGUAUCGCAAGUGAUUUUCCAGAACGUCACUUCAUUCUUGUUGGAGACAGUGGAGAGGCUGAUUUGGAGGUAUACCUCGACUUUGUAGCGGAGAAUCCGGGUCGCGUUCUUGCUAUCUUAAUUCGCGAUGUCACAACUCCAUACAGCAAUGGCUUCUUUGACUCUUCAAUGGGAGCAUUGACAGGGCCGCGUUCUAGUGGCAUCACAGAAGGAAAGCAUGGUAAAACUAGUGCGAGCACAUUUCACCAAAACUAUGAAGACGACCCCGAGCUUAGGGCUGCAAUAGCAGCUUCUUUGAAAACGCUUGAAGAAGAGGAGGAGAAACGCAACAGACCGCCUCUGCCACCACGAAGGCGUACAUCUCCUGAUGCAUUUGAAAAGGAAAAAUCUGUUGUAAAUUCUGAGGACCUUAUCGAUCUUAGUAACGACCUUCCAACUUCAUACGCUGAACCACCGUUGGACUCUCCAGGGAUGUCAGGCAUUAAAACACCACAAAUUCACUACGGAGCUAGCACAGAAAACAAUUACGCAAAGCCCCCGCCACCGCUAAUUCCAAGAAAACCGCUCACAUUGCAGUCGAAACCGGCCGAUCCGGCACGUUUGGAAGUGACGAAAAUUAAAAAAACUCCUCCCCCUCCCCCGCCAACACGUCGGUCAAAUACAGCAUCGAACAUCUCGGAUCCUUCUAAGUCUUCUCCUUCGGCUCCACAGGGCAAAAAGCCUUCUAUCAUCCAACAGUCAACUUCCGCUCCAAGCAUCGUAUCAAGCACAUCGUCUUACAAAGAAAUCGCGAAAUCGAGAUUGACAAGUGCGUAUAAUUCUCUUCCAGCAGCACCGUGGAAAAAUUCCUACGUUCACACUGAACUCAAUCGUAAUCAGAACAUCCUCACAAUGACCCCAGAACCCCAUGAUAACGCAAGAGAUCAAAACCAAUAUCCACGCCCCAACAUCUACUCAAAUCCUACGGCAGGAGGAGUCCGUGCUAACAAUUCAUGGCAUUCAUUUAAUGACACCGGAAUAUCCUCUGGGCAGGAGCAGUUCGUCACACGAACCUACUCGACAGCCUCUACCAGCAGUGGUGGUAACCAGCACCAGCCGGUUAAUAAGCGACUUGAAUUAUGGCAUCAGCGCUGGGAACGUGCGCGACAAUACUGCCAGGAAAAAGGCGUUGUGUUACGUAGUUGGAGAGUUGGUGACGAUGUUGCCGACGAGUGUGUUAGGCUGGUAGAGAAAGCAAAUCAGGAAUAUUAGGAAGCAAAAGAUAAAUAACUCGUGAGGUAGCACUAGAUGUGAAUAGCAUUCUCACAUGCUUCGAAUCUCAAAAACUACUAGAUUUUGCCAACGACCAACGAGCAAGGC